UCCCUUCACGAAGAGAGAGAGAGAGAGAGAGAGAGAGAGAGAGAGAGCGGGGCUGAGCGGAAAGCAACAUCACCGCCUUUAACAUCCAGCAUCUUCACCAACCAACACCGAACUCGAGUGGGAACACACAAGUACACUCAGACUGUCCUCCCGUGUCCAGAGUUCCCCCUCCUCUGCUUCAAAAUGUCCGUGGGCAGUGACUUUGGGAACCCUUUAAGAAAAUUCAAACUCGUCUUUCUGGGAGAGCAAAGUGUUGGAAAGACGUCUCUGAUCACACGAUUCAUGUAUGACAGCUUUGACAACACAUAUCAGGCCACAAUUGGAAUUGACUUCCUGUCGAAAACCAUGUACUUGGAAGAUCGAACGCUUACUCUUUCUGAACCCCAGGUGAGGUUGCAGCUCUGGGACACAGCAGGACAGGAGCGCUUCAGGAGCCUCAUUCCCAGUUACAUACGGGACUCCACUGUGGCUGUGGUGGUCUAUGACAUUACAAAUGUUAAUUCAUUCCAGCAGACGUCAAAAUGGAUCGAGGACGUGAGAACAGAGAGGGGAAGUGAUGUCAUCAUUAUGCUUGUCGGCAAUAAAACAGACCUGGCAGAUAAGAGGCAAAUCACAAUUGAAGAGGGUGAACAGAGAGCCAAAGAGCUGAGCGUCAUGUUCAUAGAGACCAGCGCCAAGACAGGUUAUAAUGUCAAACAGCUGUUUCGGCGUGUGGCAGCUGCUCUUCCAGGAAUGGAAAGUAUGCAAGAGACAAGCAAAGAAGGGAUGAUCGACAUCAAGUUGGACAAACCGCAAGAGCCCCAGACUACCGAAGGCGGCUGCUCCUGUUAAUACUCAGCACCAUCCUAGAGAAACAUCAUUUUCACCACAUGCUUGUUAUGUUGCUUCCUAUUGGUUAACUUGCAGCUGACUUUGCACGUUGAGAAUCUGGCCUCCUCACCUGACUACUGGUCAUCGGUUGGAACUAGCAAUAUGUGAAUCUGGUUCUAAAGUAGUGUAGCCUACUUUAUUAACGAAACUGCCAAAAUGUCUUACAACUUAAAAAAAAAUGUGAAAAAAUAUCCCUGAGUCUCAUGUGUGGAUACAAUUUUUUAAGUAGAUAUGAACGUUUCCCCGGUUUCUUCUUUGUAUAUUUUUGUAUAUUCAGGGAAAUCUCUCUGGAAAGGUGCAAACAACUACGCUCUGUAUUAGAGAGCUUGAUGAGAACAGAUGGAUUUAGACGUAUUUUUAUGGAUCCCACUCUUGUUACAAAAAACAGUGGCGCUCCUCUCCACAUUGUUACCCAAGUGUCAACCACACAGAAGUCUUACCUAACCUGUUACUUACACUCAUCCAUCUUAAGGCUACAGUGCUCCUUCCUGUAACUAAUGUGGGAUUUGUAAUUUUGCGUUCUAGAUGUCACAGGACAACUGAACAGUAACAUCUUGAGUAUCUAAUGCAUGCCUUUUUUUGUUUUCUCAGCAUAGGUACUGUCUACCAGUGUACACAAGUUUGAAUAUGUAAAUGGUAACAUUGCACCAUGCACUCUGAUAAUGACUAGUCCAAGCCUCUUUGUUUCUGGAAGCUGUUGAACUGGAUUUGUAUACUUGACUUCAGAAUAUGUGUUUGUUUUGUGUGUGUGUGUGUGUGUGUGUGUGUGUGUAAGUAAGUGCGUGCUUUCUGUAUAGGCAGCGUUAGAAUGCAGUUCUGUAGAGGGCCACUGCCAGGUCGUGUCAUUCUCGCCACAUUACGGCACCACUUAGGUCACCAUUUGUUUGCAGUGUGUCAUAGACCCCCCCAUUGCACUGUGUGAUAUCUUGUAGUUGUGAUUAUGCUAGCCUGCACAUAUGCUGUCGGUGAGCAGUGGAGAAUCAAAGCCGUUGACUUGUGUCACGGAGGGAACAAACACACAAAGUUCCCCAUGUGGUCAUGUGUAGACUUUCAUGCAGGUUCUGUGAUCAAACAGACCUUUAACGUUGUAAAUCAGUGCAUUGUUUCAUUGCUGACAAAAGACUAAUUUGCACAUGUAGACCUUUCAGGUUACUAUGAAGUUAUGAUAGGCUUCAUUGUUAAUGUACAGUCAUGAUUGUCAUAAAAACUGUCACGUGACGUGUCCCCGCUGA